AUGGCAACUAGUACAACCACAACUAAGAAAAAAAAAGUUGUGUAUAAACAGGAUCCUGAUGGAGUCUUUCGAUUAAAGAAAUUGGAUACUAGUAAUGAUAUCCCAUCCCUUAGUCCUCAACAGUAUUCAUCUGAAAAGAAGAAAAUUGAUGAUUAUAUUAAUGAAUUAACUGAUUGUUCUUAUAAAGUAUUAGAUGAUAAACCUCAAAAUCAAAAUCUCACUCCUCCUUCCCAAUUAGGAAAUGACAACAACAAAAGACCUUCACCAACAUCUACAACAACAUCUACAACAACUACAACUACAAGUUCAGGAUCAAAUACUCCAUCUCUACUAUCAUCUCCUGUCAUUGGUGCUUCGACUAUAUCCACCUUCACUUCCUUACCAUUGAAUAUCAUGAAAAAUAUUCAACAAUCAACCAAUACUGAGGUCCUUAAGUUUCAUCCUCAAAGUUUUAUAUUAGGUGCUGUAAUAGCGAUAUUAUUGUAUCGAUCACAAUCAACGUUAAUCAAUUAUGCUUUAAUCAUAGGAAAUAUUAUAAAAUUAGGUUUAAUAGGUGGGAUUUUAGUAGGAGGGGUUAGUUUUUAUCUUGGAUUGAUUAAAUUAGAUGAUAUUAAUAAAAUGAUAGAUACUUUAAAACAAAAAAUAUCAGGAACAUCAACAACUACCCUUAUAUCAUCACCACCAGUUGAAGAAACUCAUAAUACUCCAUCCGAUGAUGAUUCUGACGAUGUUCAUUCCAUGAGUUCUUUAACUAAUGAAUCAGCCCCCAGACCUGAAUUAAAAGAAAGAAGAAGAUCAUCCAUCAGAGUUCAACCUUUCAGACCUAUAAGUAGACAACCAUUAAAUGAUGUCACUAAAUAUCAAAGUACUCCAGAUUUACAUAAACAUCAAUCAUCUUCAUUCCCCCCUAAAUUGUUCCGAGUAAAUACUGAUCCAAAAUCAUUAAUAUCAGGAAAAAGACAAACUUCUCCUGUAAGAAGAAGUAGAGGUGGUUCAGUUGAAUCAUUACCAAAGAGAUUACCUCAACCCCCUUCCACCCAUGAAUCGGAGGAAUUACCUUUCAUAAAUGAAGUUAAAUUAAGAGAUACUUUAGAUGAUGAAGAUGAUCUUAGUUCUUAUAAUGAUGAUGAUUAUUAUUAUAAUAAUCAUGGAAGUAAUAAUGUAUCACCCACUCAUGGCAACAUGCCCGCAUCGAUCUUGAAUGAACAAGAUUAUAAUGGAAUUAAACGACUGAUGACAACCGCAAGUAAAAAAUCAAUAUUAGGUACAAGGGUUAAUUAUAAUAAAUUCUUAGCUAAUGUUCAUGGACGUGAUGAAGAUUAG